UACUGUGUGAGCUGUGAUUGGUCACAGCUUGUCACAUGGUGAUCUCUCAUGGUGAUCAGCCAGUACCAUGUGAUCUCUGUGAUCAUUCACAGAUUUCACACGUAGUAAGCAAUGAUGUCAGAAGUGACAUCUUGCUUACUACUAUUCAUGUGAUCAAUGAUUGGCCAAUCAGUGAUCACAUGAUCGGGACCUCACACAGAAGUCCCGUACACCGACAGGUGUUUCGCGGUGUCCUGAGGACACAGCGGGCACAGGAGCGUGGUGCCGCGUGCUCUCAGGGAGCGCGCACAAUCCAAAAUAGGGUGGGCGCCGUUUAUAAACGGCAACCCACCCCUGGACUGCCAUCGUCCAGCCUUUUAUAUACAGCAGCCGGACGGGAAGUGGUU